AUGGCCUCAUCAAUAGAUAAUUUUAUUGAUAAAAGCCAUUUCUAAUUUGUAUUAUUAAUAAUAGAAAAUAAUGUUUUCAUUUUAAUUUUUGUUGUUGAAAUUUGCUUAUGGAGAUUCUAGGAAAUGACUUUAUACCCAACGAAAGGAGAGUAUUUUGAAUAUCCUAUUAACUUAUUAUUAAAGAAAAAUGUCAUUUAUAAUGAUUAUGAAUAAUUAAUUUAUCAUUAGAAUCUACUGUACCAAAUGUUUAAAUAACAAAUGCUGUUAAUGAAAUAACAAAUAUAAACGGAUAUGGUAUUUAUUAGAAUCAUCAAAUUAGAAUUUAUAUCAGUAUCAUCUAAUCAAACUCAUUUUGCAACAAUAACCAAAGAAAAUGAUGUAAGACUAUACGAAUGGAAAAACUUAAAUAUUUAACAGUAUGGAUAAGUAGCUAAGAUUGAAGAAAAAUAUAAAUGCUAUAAUAUCAUUUUUUUUUCGAAUUUAGAUUUCUUUCUUGAUUGUUAUGCUGAAGAACAUUUUUAUUUAUUAUAACUAAUGA